GCUGCCGGAAGAGCAGGAAGGAUGGCUCGCCUGCGAGGAGGGGGUCGUGUGCAGGCCGCGGCGCCGCAAGCGGCCGGCGGAUGAACCGGGAGGUGAGCGCCUGGGAGAAGAUGAGGAUGAUGAGGGACAUGCUGAAAGUUCCCGGGUUCACCCACGUGCUCAUCCUGGACGGCGACGCGGUGAUGAAUCACAUGAGGCGGGACACCAUGGCCGAGAUGGCGCGGCUGCUGGAGCAGGAGAGCACCCCGUCCAGGUCGAGGCAGAUCUUGCUCAUCAACGAGGACUACCGCGGGGGCGACGGCCCCGACGGGAAGGGGACCGGGCUCAACACUGGGAUGAUGUUUGCGAAGAAUACGGACUUCACCCGGCAGCUCUUCGCCGACAUGGCCAGGGCCAACCAGCUGGGGCCCGCGUGGUCGGGCCCCGGGCCCUGGUGCGGCACCAACGAGCAGGCCUGCCUGGAGAGCUGGCAGAGCUGGAAGAAGCGCAGGA